AUGAUACCCAUCCAACUCACUGUCUUCUGCAUAAUCGUCUACAUGCUUGAGUCCUUGAUAAUAAUUGUGCAGAGCAGCUUAACUGCUGUGGUGCUGGGCAGAGAGUGGGUGCAGGUUAAAAGGCUGUCACCUGUGGACAAGAUUCUCACUGUUCUGGGCAUCUGCCGCUUCUGUCAACAGUGGUCAUCGAUGCUGUUCAAUUUCUGCUCCUACCUCCACCCUAACUAUGUAUUUUGGUACUUGGCGAUCGUCUGGGAAUUUACUAAACUUUCGUUCUGGUUAACCUCCUUGCUUGCUGUCUUCUACUGUAUCAAAGUCUCUUCCUUCAGCCAUCCCAUCUUCCUCUGUCUGAAGCGGAGAAUUGGGAAGUUGGUUCCUCGGCUGCUGCUGGGUUGCCUGCUGAUUUCUUGUCUGUCAAUCAUCUUUUCAGCUACGAGGCAUCGCAUCACGAUUCAGUUAAAGUCUAUGAGGCACUUUGCUAGAAACAGCACUGUGAUUGAAAGACUUGAGACAUUUCAGCGGGAUUUUUCCAUAUAUCAGCAAGUGGCGGUGUUGGUUAUUCCUUUCCUCCUGUUCCUGGUCUCCGUUGUCUUGCUCAUGACCUUAUUGUCACAACAUCUGAGGCAGAUGAAACAUGGUCACACUGGGCACUCCAGCUCCAGCCUGAAAGCUCACGUUACUGCCCUGAGGUCUCUGGCCAUCUUCCUCAUCAUCUUCACAUCUUAUUUUCUGGCCAUACUCAUCUCCAUCAUAGGUACCCUCCUGGAUAAGAGGUCCUGGUUCUGGGCCUGGGAAGCUGUCAUCUAUGCUGUAGUCUCUAUUCAUUCCAUUUUACUGAUGCUGACCAGCCCUAAGUUGAAAAAGGCCUUACCAGUAAGAUGCUAGGACUUAGAGGCUGCCUGAGGCACAGGAUACAAGAAGACCCCUGGGCAGAAGAGAGUUUGU